GGAAUAUUUUGACUUUGGAUUUUCAUCACAUAAAAGGGAUUCAACAUGGAAAAUGUACCAAACCCCAAAAGGACUGUCACUGUCCAAAUGAUGCCUCAGCUCGCCAGUAUAGAUGUGCUGGGAAAUAAAGAGUUAAAUGCUAACUGGGACAUUGAGCCAAAGUUAAACUUAAAUCAGGAUUGCUCAGAUCAGGAUAAUAUGCAUCUCAAUUCCUCCAUCAAAGAUUCCCACACCACACUUCUUGGAGGGACUGUCCUUGAAGACAAAAACAUGCCAUCCCAUGGCAGUGAAGAUCACAGGCGACCUCAAAACAGUAACGCAAACAUAAAGACCUCGGGUCAGUGUGCCAAGAGUGCUGAAGGUAGAAAAACUGAUUGUGAUAGGAAUUCAAAUUCGAAAACUGUCCCAUCAACAUCCAGCCCAUCAUCUACAACUACAUAUAAUGUUGACAAGGAGGAAAAUGGCAAUAGCACAACAAAGGCACUUGAAAAUGAACAACAUGAGCCCAAAGCACAGAGCAAAGCAUCAGUAGUUCAAGAAACUAGUGCAAUCAAAGAGACACUGCAUAAUCAAACGCCAAGCCAGACUCGGGCUCCCAGUACCAACAAUACAAUUAAGGACAUGCCACUUUUAUCUGGAUCAAAAGAUGUGAGUUGCACCACCAGCAUAAGCAUCAGCAGUACACAGUUUGAACUGGUAUCCACCACCAAUGCUCCUAAAACCAAUCACUCAGCGGCCGAAACAUCUGGACCAGUACCUGGGACAAGAUCUCAGACCCCACAACCACACGAGAUCCAUCAUAUGCUUGUUAAAGAGAACAAAUGUAGCAAUGACUGCAUGAAAAAGGAUGUUAAACCACCAGGAACCUCUCAGGAGACUUCUUCUGGAUGCCCAUUGGUGUCUUCAGCUAGCAGUGCAAGUCACUCUGUCCACACGGACGUGAUUGAUGAGGAGGUCCAAACGCAGGGAGCUGCUCCUGAAGAGCAGAAGCAGGUCCACUGUAAACUCUUUCGUGAGGCAUCUACCAUGACUUCAGCAGAAGAGUUUGGCGACCAACCCGGGACGCAACGGCAUGAUGUGGAGGUGCAGGCGGUUGCUACGGUCUGCAGUCAAUCUACAGCCACUAGCCCUAGUCUUCUGUCUCUACAACCCCAUCGGAGAUCAGUUGGUCUACUACCUGAGGAGACUGACAGUAUAGCAGUGGUUGUUGGGAUGAAGACGCCCUCAGAGGUCACAUCUGUCAUUUUAUCCAGUACGAUCCUCCCUGGGAAGCCUACACAGUCAGACACAGUGAUGGUUCAUGUAGAUGCUGACCUUCAGGAAGAGUCCAAGCUUGGGGCCAAGCCUAAAGAGCCUCAACACAACAGCCAAAAAGGGUUUUCGCCCCUUCAACCCGUUUAUCAGAUUAAUAUCGAGACCUGCAGCCAAAGCAAACAGUCAAACAACACUACCUGUCACCUUCAGAGCCAAGGUUCACCUGCGGUUUCAGCAUCUGGUCCACAUAAUGUGGCUUGUGUGCAGGAACCCAAGACAACAUCUGCUCAGGUCUGCCAGGAUCUGCCAGUAAAGCCGGCCAAGCCUCCUGCAUCGAAAUCCAAGGAGGCAAGUUCUGCAAAACCUCCAAAGGACAUCGCAAUGACCACUCCUCCAACAUCAAGCUCCACACCACAAAGUAAAAAAGUAGAGAAGAAACAGAAGGGAGCAUCCAAGCUGGAGCGUAAGAAAGAUGACCAAGAGGAAGAGAAGGCCAAGCAAUCCAAGAGUGUAAAUGACGUCGUGUGGGACGAGCAAGGCAUGACAUGGGAGGUAUACGGAGCGUCAGUGGAUCCAGAGUCGCUGGGAUUUGCCAUUCAAAGUCACCUGCAGUGCAAAAUCAAGGAGCAUGAGAAGAUCAUCACCCAGACGGUUAUCAGAAAAUCCUUGUCUUCGCCUCCCGGCAAGAAGAACAAGAGGAGGCAGGUUAACAUCAACUUGAGGUCCAUGUUCCAAAAUGUCCGCCGACCCAACUGUUGCGCACGGCCGUCAGUACUAGAAUGAAAGAUGUGUGGUUGUCAUUAGCCACUUUUCCACUGUCGGGCCAGUGCGAGCCAGGGCUAACAACGUGCCGGGUGGGGCCAAUAGCCUCAGACCUCGAGCACCAGUAGCUUCACAGCACUACCGUAAAACCAGCCCUUAACACACCUGCAUAGAACAACGUCACACAACCCCAGCGUUUCACCAGCUGAGCUGAUUAAAAACUAGCUAGAUCACAAAAUGAGCAUGACAGAAGUGAACGUUUGGUCUUUACCUAAAGACUUAAGAUUCCAGCAUCGAUAUUUUACCAAUGUUUUACAAUAAAAAAAAAUGUUACAGUGACAGUAAUUUUAUUAAUUUGUGUCAGGAGUACACAUCAAUCAUGCUCAAUCAAACUGGUAUUUACCAUUUCACAUAAAAAGAGAACACAUACCAAUGCAGUUGUACCUGCUUCCAUUUAUUUGCAAUCACAAGAAUGCACAAAACAACUC